AUGUGCUCAGUAACAUUCCUACGGGAUAUACAUUGGUUCAGAAGACCGUGCUGCCAGAGCGUUGUCUCAGAGACUGAGAGUGUGGAAUCUGUGACGAGAAGGAAAGGGAAAAGAAAUGAAGAAACUAAACGAGUUGUGCUGUCGAACUUGCUCUUCGAAGCCAAGUGGAAAGAAAAUCCAAACAGACAUUGUACAGGCAACAAAAUCAAGACCACCCGAUACACAUUCUUGUCUUUUAUCCCUAAAAAUGUUUUUGAACAGUUUCACCGCUUUGCCAACAUAUAUUUUGUGGCCAUCGUUGUUCUUAAUUUCGUGCCAGUAGUCAAUGUCUUUGAGCCAGGAAUAUCUGUGUUGCCUGUCUGUGUUAUAAUGGCCAUCACUGCUCUUAAAGAUGCUUGGGAAGACUUCCGGAGAUACAAGCUGGACAAGGAGAUCAAUAGCAUGGGCUGCCUAGUAUACAGCAGGUAA